CGAGUCAGGACUAAGACAGUGAAAAAGGCCGCCCGUGUCAUCAUUGAGAAGUACUACACCAGGCUGGGAAAUUACUUCCACACCAACAAGAGGGUGUGCGAGGAGAUCGCAAUCAUCCACAGCAAGAAGCUGCGCAACAAGAUAGCUGGGUAUGUGACCCAUCUCAUGAAGCGCAUCCAGAGGGGCCCCGUCAGAGGCAUCUCCAUCAAGCUCCAGGAGGAGGAGAGGGAGAGGAGGGACAACUACGUCCCAGAGGUGUCUGCACUCGACCAGGAGAUAAUCGAGGUCGACCCAGACACCAAGGAGAUGCUCAAGCUACUGGACUUUGGCAGUUUGUCGAACCUGCAAGUCACCCAGCCAACUGUCGGAAUGAACUUCAAGACACCAUGAGGAGUCUAGGCAUUUGUAAUAUCGCUUAAUAAUA